UGCUGCAGACACCAAAGAGAAGUGAGUAAUCAGUACUGGAUGUGAUGAGGAUGAAAGGGACGGCAGUAGCGUGAGGAUAAGAGAUGGACGGAGAUGGGAAAUGUUACACAAAUGAAAAUAAGCAGACCGGAUAACAUUAUAGAUGUGAGAUUUAAAAGUGUGCUGUCGAGGACAAAACCCUGGCCCUUAAAGGUGCAUUAUGUAGAAAUGAAGUAAAAAUGGAAUCCUGUGGUAAAAUUUGGUUACUGCAACCACUUUAAACAACUCUGCAGCUUUUUACCACCUGUUGUCAAAUUACAAUUGUCAGCGCUGCAGUAUUAGCUCGCAGGAGACACGGCAACCCCUCACUCACUGAUGGUAAACAGUAGUUACGUCCGUCCUUCCUUUGUUUUGAAAGGAGAAAAACUGGCAAUCCCCACAGCCAGCUGGAUAAGAAAUAUGUGUCAGUAUAACCCUUCCUUCCAAUAUGACUGAAAUAUUAGACUCUUUUGGGAUUUUCUCGCUGUAAAACUCUCACUAUAUUCUUACAUACUGCACCUUUAACACAAGAACAGGGAACAACUAUUUAACUGUCAAUAGAGAUGAGGAAACUGUUCGAUUUGGAGAGAACGUGGGACGUACCCACACCUGCAGGAAUUCAGCUUUAGAACUGUUCAGUUUAAAAAAGUAAACCAAUGAAAACGUAAACAAUAAUAAAUCAAACAUAAUUGUAAAAAUGAAAGGGUAUAUUUUGUUUUAGUCACAGUAAUAUUGUAAAAAUAUUUUGAGGGAAAAAAAGAAAUGUAUUCAUGUUUCAGAAAUGUUUUUUUAUCAGCCAGAAACACAAACACAACUAGUCUUUGUUUAUUUAUUUUUAAUUUUAAAAAAAGAAGAAAAAAACUAUUUGCAUGGCGUGGUGAAAUCGUAGCGUUCCAUGGGAAUAUGGAUCAAUUUCCAAUGAUAAAUGAGUUGAAUCAUUUGUUCCUCUAGCAAACCACUGGUCCUGAGCAUCAGGGUAACAACUGGGGGACACCAUGGGCCGGUGACCAAUCCAUCACAGGGACAAACAACUAGUCACACUCACACCUGGGGACAGCUUCAUGCACAUUUAUGAUCUGUAGGAGGAAACCAGAGUCAACCCACUCAUGCAUGAGGACAACAUGCUAUUUCCAUGCAGAAAGGCAGCACCUGGGAUUUGAACCUGCAACCUUCUCACUGGGAGGAAACCACCAAGCAGAUACAUUCUGAAAUAAAUAACAACAAUUUAGGUUUUCUUCUAAAUUGCCUAAAUGUUUUUUUUAAGGAUUCAGAUCAUGACACAUAACUGUACCUAAAUGUAGCACAUUAGCAUCGGCGCUAUCAGCUGUAAAACAACACAUUCAGCAUCGCAGAAGCAGGAAGAACAUCAGAAAACAGGAAGUUUGUUGGAUGGAUUCCGGUUUCUCCAUUUUCUCUUUGAACAUGAAGCUUCACUGUACAGGAGCUCCACUGAUGAGUUUAUAAACCAACACACAUGCUUUAGCUAUCACGUGAGCGUAAUUUUAUCAUUUAUUUACAGCAUCCAUGCUGUAAAUGUGGUUGUUAUCAGACACACAGACCUGUUAGACAUACUCAGGGUAACUAUGUUUGUACAUUUGAAUAUGGCUCAAAGCUUUUUUUUGUUUGGCUCAUUUGCCUACGGGAUCUGGAUUUGUCCUCCGUGAUUGGGCGGGACAUCAUGAGAGGCCCUGAAAUGCAAAAACAGGCAAAUCUUUCAGCAGAGCUGUCAGGAGGACUGCUGGUCUCUUGUUUUCAGAUGACAAAAAUCAGCUGCUGGAUAACCAUAUGAGCUAAUCGUAAAAACACACCUGGCAGAAGAAACUAGUAGAACUGAGCGCACCGAGGCAACAUGGAGCAAACAUUCAGGGCGGUAACUCGCAACCCCGGGAUUAUAAUCUGGAGGAUUGAGAAAAUGGAGCUGGUUCAAGUUCCUGAAAAGUCUUACGGGAAUUUCUUUGAGGGUGACAGCUACGUCCUUCUGUAUACCCAGAAGCUGAAAGGAGCCGUGUCUUUCAACAUCCACUACUGGAUCGGUUCGGAGUCCUCUCAGGACGAGCAGGGAGCAGCUGCUGUCUACACCAUACAGCUGGAUGAGUUCUUAGGCUCCACUCCGGUGCAGUACAGAGAAGUUCAGAACUACGAAUCCGAUACUUUCAGGGGCUACUUCAAACAAGGAAUCAUCUAUAAGAAAGGUGGAGUUGCAACAGGAAUGAAGCACGUCGAAACCAACUCCUACAAUAUUCAAAGACUGCUCCACGUCAAAGGGAACAAGAAAGUGGUCGCCAAAGAGGUGGAGGUGAGCUGGAACAGCUUCAACCUUGGAGAUGUCUUUCUGUUGGACCUAGGAAAGACCAUUGUCCAGUGGAACGGCCCAAAGAGCAACAAACAGGAACGGCUCAAAGGCAUGCUGCUGGCCAAAGACAUCCGGGACAGAGAGCGAGGAGGUCGGGUGGAUGUCAGAGUGAUUGAGGGCGAUGCAGAGGGCAGCUGUUCUCAGAACAUGCAGGUCAUGAACAGCGUUCUCGGUGAGCGAUCCUGUGAGCUCACAGAUGGUCAGCCGGAUGAAGUAGUGGACCAGGAAACAAAGGCAAACCUCACUCUUUACUGUGUGUCUGAUGAGGAUGGUCAGAUGACGGUCACAGAGGUUGCCACCCGGCCUCUGGUUCAAGAUCUGCUCAAUCACGAUGACUGCUACAUCCUGGAUCAAGGAGGGGCAAAGAUUUUUGUUUGGAAAGGGAAGAAAGCCAAUAAAGCUGAAAGACAGGCCGCCAUGUCCAGAGCUUUGGACUUCAUCAAAGCUAAAAACUACCCGAUCACCACCAACGUGGAAGUAGUGAACGACGGAGCAGAGUCUGCUCUCUUCCAGCAGCUCUUCCAGAGGUGGACUGUGAAAGAUCAGACUAAAGGUCUUGGGAAAGUGAACACCAAGGGAAAAGUUGCUCACAUCACUCAGGAGAAAUUUGAUGCUACGCUGAUGCACACCAUGCCAGAAGUUGCUGCACAGGAAAGGAUGGUGGACAACGGGACGGGCGAAGUGGAGGUGUGGCGGAUUGAGGAUCUGGAGCUGGUCCCAGUGGACCCAAAGACAUACGGGUAUUUCUACGGAGGAGACUGCUACCUCAUCCUCUACACAUAUCUGGUGAACAGUAAGAAGUGCUACCUGCUCUACAUCUGGCAGGGGCGUCACGCUACACAGGAUGAACUGGCAGCCUCGGCCUUCCAGGCUGUCAAUUUGGAUCAGAAGUACAACGAUGAGCCGGUUCAAGUCAGAGUAACGAUGGGCAAGGAGCCGAGGCACUUCAUGGCGAUGUUCAAGGGAAAAAUGGUCAUCUUUGAAGGGGGGACCUCUAGAAAAGGGUCUUCUGAGCCAGAGCCUCCAGUUAGGCUGUUCCAGGUUCACGGUUUUGACUCAUUCAACACAAAAACCAUCGAGGUUCCAGCCCUGGCCUCCUCUCUGAACUCCAAUGAUGUGUUCCUAUUGAGCAGCAAUUUAGGGAUUUUUCUGUGGUGUGGAAAGGGAUCAAGCGGGGAUGAGAGAGCCAUGGCCAAAGAGGUGAGCGCUGUGAUUGGUAAAGGCUCACAGAGAACUUUUGAGGAGAUUGUGGCAGAGGGUCAGGAGCCUUUUGAAUUCUGGGAGUUUCUUGGAGGAAAAGCUCCCUAUGCAAGUGAAAAGAGACUACAGCAGGUGGUUUUUGACCAUGCGCCGCGCCUGUUUGAAUGCUCCAAUAAGACGGGCCGUUUCAUUGUAUCUGAGAUAACUCAGUUCACACAGGACGACCUGUGUGAGGAUGAUGUCAUGCUGUUGGAUACGUGGGAUCAGCUGUUUCUUUGGAUUGGUAAAGAGGCUAAUGAGCAGGAGCGUAAAGAAGCAGUGACCACAAGUCGGGAGUACCUGAUCACCCACCCAGGAGACAGAGACCCAGACACUCCCAUCGUCCUGAUCAAGCAAGGAUUUGAACCCCCCACCUUUACUGGCUGGUUUACAGCCUGGGAUCCCACAAAAUGGAGUGGAGGAAAAAGCUAUGAAACACUGAAGGAGGAGCUGGAAGAUCUUGCAGCGCCCGUUAUUGUUCAUGUGGAGGAAAAAAACCCAGAGAAGGAAAAGGUCUUUCAGUCGUUUUCACUCGACCUUCUGCAGAACAAGAAAGCCAACGAGCUUCCUCAAGGAGUCAACCCCAGCGAGAGAGAGAAACACCUGAGUGAAGCCGACUUUCUCAGCCUUUUCAGCGUCACCAAAGAGGACUUUGAGAAGAUGCCGCAGUGGAAACAGGCCAAGCUGAAGAAAGAGAAAGGGCUGUUCUGAUGCUCAUCACAAACCAGCUGUUGCAGUCAAAUCUCCUUCUGCAUUCUACUGAUUUGCUUUCUGCAGCCAAAUACCUCAGAUUUGUUUACUAAUGUUUAUUGUCAUAUUGCUUUGUUUGUGCAAAAUUAAUACAGCUUUGUUGGUUUUGCAAUUAUGUACAAUCAGCUUUAGAAGAUAAAAAUAAAACAUUAAAACUUGUAAAUGAAACAUGGGCAGUUAUUCUGCACAGAGGGGAUGUCAGAAAUCACUGAUUAUAUUUAACAGUUUGCCACCUGUUGGAAAAACGUAACAACCAAAGACAGCUUUCAGGGAUUUUAAUCUGUUUUCUAUAAUCUCAAGUCACAGCUAACUUGCAUCUUCGCUAUUUUCUGUUUUUCACCCUUGAACAUCAUUAAAUUGGUUGUGAAAUAAUUUCCUCUAUUUAAACUGCUCCUCUGAGUGUGGAAAUAAGCAAACACAAAUAAUAAAUCAUUAUUCAUCUUUUUAUUUGGAUUAAAAAUCAUCUUUACCUUUACAGCUGAACAUUUCAAAGCUUAGAAAAAAAGACCAAAAACCAACAAAAGGCAUCGAAUCAGAAUAAAGGACAAAAGUAAAACCCAAACAUCUGAUUCCUCAACAUUUAAGGGAUUUUAUGAACUUGAUAAACAAAAUCCCUUUGACCGGAUCUACAUCCAACAACAGAUCAUUUGUUUCAUGAUAAAAAGUUUGUUUAUAAACCGACUACAGCUCAGUAUAACAGCACUACAGUCUUUUUGUGAAGGAAAAACGCCAACAAGGCAUUUGAGCGGAUAUUUAGUGCAUCUUGGCAGCAAAAUACGGUAAACAAUCAAGUGAAAACCAGCACCAGGCAAAUCAGGAAUGUCAGAGACGAGAUACAAACGUGCUGCUUUUACCAUGACAGAAACAGCUAAUGCUCUACAGAUAUUCAUGUUUAUAUAUAUAUGUAUAUAUUUAUGUUUCAGCAUUUCUAUAAUAGAAGCAUUUACCAAGCAUUUAUUCUUGCUUGAUAUGUUCAGAACUAAAACUAUUUUUGUUUCCCUGGAAAUAAGAAACAGUGUAUAAAAAACAACAUGAACCUGAUCUAAAUCCCUUCAAAAGUCAGUUUUCUGGAAUAAAUAUGAUAUUUUAUAAGCGUGCAAAGUUCCAAGUAUAUAACAAAAUAUGUCAUGCUAAAUAAGUCACAAAUAAGGUGAAAGUUUACAGAAAAAUGUGUGAAAAUACAAAAGGUUUACAGCAAUCAGACCAAAGUGACUCAUUUCAGCAAGUUUCAUCUAAAAAUGUGCAAAACAGUGUGUGUUUAAUGUGCAACGAGUCAGUUAUUGUUCCUGUCUGACGCGUUUGUUUGGAGAAGGAAUGUUGUUGCUGAUGUAUUAGACAUGUUAAACCGCUUCAAAAAGUGCCAAAAAAAAAAAAAGUCCCAUCAAAUUAAAAGCAAAUCUAGAAAAA